AUGGAGCUCACUCUCUUCAACACAGCCACCCAAAGGGCUAAGGCGGACUAUUGCCACGAUCCUGUCCGAUCACAGGUUAUUAUGCUGUAUGGACUGCGAUCUUUGGAGGUCGCUGCCUGGCUACUGGUCCUGUUCCGCUUUUAUGCUCGCUGGGUUACACAACGCUUCUUCGGCUGGGAUGACUACACCAUGAUGGUCGUUGCAGUCAUUUACAUCCCACAACUAAUCAUCAGUCAGCUGAUGGACGACAACGCUUUCGGCCGCGAUAUCUGGAACUUAGAGUGGAGUAAGAUCAUGUUGGGUUUGAAGCUUUUCUUCGUCCAGGAACCCCUUUAUCUAUUACAACUCGGCCUCACGAAAAUAUCGAUUCUAUUUCUCUACCUCCGAAUCUUUCCAGGUCGGCGGUUCAAGAUCAUUACCUACACGUUCAUGGCCUUCGUUGCAGGCUCGACACUGACGCUUGUCGGCGGAUCGGUGGUAGAGUGCUUGCCCGUUGGCUACUUCUGGAAUGCCUGGAACACCGAGUAUCUGAUCCACACGACGAAGUGCGUCAAUCUGACAGUAGCAGUCUUCGCUGCGGCAGGACUCUCCAUUCUGCAAGACAUCAUCAUGAUCAUCUUGCCCAUUCCUCCUCUCCUGAAGACACAGUUGCCAAAGAAGAACAAAAUUGGUAUUGCCACCAUGUUCAUACUUGGUCUAUUAAUCACUGGAGCCAGCUGCUUCAGACUACAAUACGUUAACGUGGCAUACUCUCCCGACCCAUUUUGGGACUUUGAGCCAGCAUUGCUCUGGUCACUUGUCGAGCUCGCCAUGUCCUUUCUGGUCACUAGCCUCCCGGCUUUACGCAACUAUUACACGAAAAUAAUACGACCAAAGGACAAACGAAUGCUCGCCACCAUGAACAAAGACGAUAGAGUCAUCAUCGUCGGGGCUGGAGUUUUCGGCCUGUCAACGGCUGCGCAACUCGCGUCGGAAGGCUUCAAGCAUGUUGUGGUUGUUGACAGACACACGCCGCCGGUUCCAGAUGGAUCAAGCAGCGAUAUUUCUCGCGUAAUUCGUUUUGAUUAUGCCGAUGAAGACUACUCGAAUCUGGCCUACGAUGCAUACCUUAAGUGGAGCCAAGAGUCGAAAUACAAUGGCAUCUUCUAUCCGGCCUCGUUUGUCUUGACUGGAAGUAUGACCGGCGGGGACAAGUCGUGGAUCGAUAAAACAACGACUCAGCUGAACAGGAAGGGUUUGCCGUGGACAAAACUUGACGAUGCUGCGUCCGCAAAACAAGCAUUCCCCAUUCUCACUGGCAAUCUCGCGGAGCCCAACUUCAAGGGAUACUUCAACGAAGCUGCAGGGUGGGCAGAUGCUAACAAGGCAAUCACGCUUCUUCGAAACGAGUGCCUUGAGCGCGGUGUUUCUUUCCUUGCCGGAGCGGCCGGCACAGUUGUCAAGUUCAACACUGACUCAGCCAAGACGAUCAUCUCAGCCCAGGCACUUGAUGGCACAUCGAUCACGGGUGAUCACUUCAUCUUGGCCGCAGGUGCUUGGUCGUCAAACCUUGUAUCAAUGUACAAUUCUACCUUGGCGACAGCGCAAGUCGUAGGGUAUACCCCCUUAUCCGAUGCAGAGGUCCAGAAGUACAAAGAAGUUCCCAUAUAUGCCAAUUUCAACACAGGUUGGUUCAACUUCCCACCGCAUGAGGGCACCAAGACACUCAAAAUGGCCGUUCACGGAUGGGGCUACACUCGCGCACCUAGUGACGGAGAAUCCGCGGUGAAGACAAACACCUCCACUCCACGUCUGCAUCCAAGCCGCGAACGCCCCGACUUCUGCCCCGCUGAAGGGGAGAAAAGACUCCGGGAUGGCCUCAGGGAGAUCUUGCCGGAACUUGCAGAUCGCACAUUCGAGAGGGUAACGAUGUGCUGGUAUACCGAUACUCCCUCGGGAGAUUUCAUCAUGGACUACCACCCUGACUUUACGAAUUUAUUCGUCGGAGGCGCAGGUAGCGGGCAUGCAUUCAAGUUCCUUCCAGUCUUGGGCGAGUACAUGUCAAUGGCCUUGAAAAAAAGUCUGCCUCGAAACUUAGCUGACAAGUGGCGCUUCCGCACGGAGUAUGAGAACCGCACUGAUGUCUUCCUGGGUGAUGGAAGUCGUGGUGGACCUGCUAGACGGGAGCUAACAGGACCGGAGAGGUCUCGCUUGGAUGGCAGAGAGAAAGCCCAGCUCUAA